AUCUCUACAUUAGGUUUAUUUGGCGUUGAAAGUGCGACGGUCGCACCCCCGCCGCCAGGAUCGACUUGGUUUGAUCCGAUGUGGCGUAAAGUUUCCUUCCGCGUUGAGCACAGUGUGAGCGUGACACAACGAGGGGAGGCGAAGGUAGAGUCUUAACACAGCGGACAUGGACGCAGAGACCACCACCAACACAGAGCCCAUGGCAGAGGAAGAGGAGCCUCUUUUCAGCAACCUGGACCUCUUCCUCUUCUCACUGAUUGUCGGCCUCGUCAUUUAUUGGUUCAUGUCCCGUAAGAAGCCUGAGCCCAUCCCAGAAUUCAAGAAGCUUGACACACCAGCACCCACCACAAGAGAGACUAGUUUUAUCGAGAAAAUGAAGAAAACGGGCAAGAACAUCAUUGUGUUCUACGGCUCCCAGACGGGCACAGCUGAGGAAUUUGCCAACAGACUGUCCAAAGACGCUCAGCGGUAUGGCAUGAAAGGAAUGGCUGCUGAUCCAGAGGAGUAUGACAUGGGGGAAAUGGCCCGUCUGUCUGAGAUUGAAAACUCCCUUGCCAUCUUUUGCAUGGCCACCUACGGCGAAGGAGACCCGACAGAUAAUGCACAGGACAUGUAUGACUGGCUGCAGGAAAAUGAUGAUGAAGACCUCUCUGGACUAAACUACACUGUAUUCGCUUUGGGCAACAAGACAUAUGAACACUAUAAUGCAAUGGGAAAAUAUGUUGAUAAAAGGCUGGAAGAACUUGGCGCCAAGCGCAUCUUUGACCUCGGUUUAGGAGAUGACGACGGCAACCUUGAAGAGGACUUCAUCUCAUGGAGAGAGCAGUUCUGGCCGGCUGUCUGUGAGCACUUUGGAGUGGAAGCCUUAGGAGAUGAUUCAAGUAUACGGCAGUACGAGCUGAAGGAGCACACUGACAUCAACAUGAACAAAGUGUACAGCGGGGAGAUCGGCCGCCUCAAGAGUUUCGAGGUCCAAAAGCCACCCUUUGAUUCGAAAAACCCUUUCCUGGCUCCAGUCACGCUCAACCGCAAACUUAACAAAAGUGGUGAUAGACAUCUCAUGCACUUGGAACUGGACAUAACAGGGUCUAAAAUCAGAUAUGAGUCAGGAGACCAUGUCGCUGUUUUCCCCACAAACGACUCUGCUCUGGUGAACAAGCUGGGACAAAUCCUUGGAGUGGACCUUGAUGUGGUUAUCUCUCUCAACAACCUUGACGAGGAGUCCAACAAGAAGCACCCAUUCCCUUGCCCCACCACGUACCGCACUGCCCUCACUCACUACUUGGACAUCACACACCCUCCUCGCACCAACGUCCUCUAUGAGCUGGCACAGUACGCCUCUGACCCCAAAGACCAAGAGAAUAUGCGCAAGAUGGCCUCUUCAUCACCCGAGGGCAAGGCACUCUACCAGAAUUGGGUGUUGGACGCCAGUAGAAACAUCCUUGCCAUCCUGGAAGACAUGCCCUCUUUGAAGCCUCCCAUUGACCACCUGUGUGAGCUGCUGCCUCGUCUCCAGGCUCGCUAUUACUCCAUCGCCUCCUCCUCAAAGGUUCACCCCAACAGCAUCCACAUCUGUGCUGUCGUGGUCGAGUACCAAACCAAGACUGGUCGCACCAACAAAGGAGUAGCCACCAACUGGUUGAAGAACAAACUGGUCACAGACAAUGGCCACAAGUCUACCGUUCCCAUGUACAUCCGCAAGUCUCAGUUCCGCCUGCCCUUCAAAGCCACCAACCCAGUGAUCAUGAUCGGCCCUGGGACAGGAAUCGCUCCCUUCAUGGGCUUCAUCCAGGAGAGAGGCUGGCUCAAAGAGCAAGGAAAGGAGGUUGGAGAGACAGUGAUGUAUUUUGGCUGCAGGCACAAGAACGAGGAUUACAUCUACCAGGAGGAGCUGGAGGAAGCAGAGAAGAAUCAAGUUCUAACACAGCUUAAUGUCGCCUUCUCCAGAGACCAGGAACAGAAGGUGUACGUGCAGCAUAUCCUAAAGAAGAAUAAGGAGAAUGUCUGGAAGCUGAUUCACUCAGAAAACGCUCAUAUCUAUGUCUGCGGGGAUGCAAGAAACAUGGCUAAAGACGUGCAGACUGCCCUCUACGAGAUAGCAGAAGAGCUGGGAAGCAUGACGCGCACCCAGGCCACAGAUUACAUCAAGAAACUGAUGACCAAGGGACGCUACUCGCAAGAUGUCUGGAGUUAAAGACCGUCAGCCUCGACCUCAGUCUCAGUGCUCGUGUGGUGGUUUUAAAUUUUCUAUUUUUACUGUAUGUCUUGUUUUGUCAGGACUGAAUAUAAAAACGUCAAACAUGUGCUCAUCGCCCUGGUUCAUGAGAGCUACAGGUAGCAUAAUAUCAUGAGGCAAACCCUACCUCAGCAGGUUUUGUUCAUAAACACAUUCAGUAAUUUUCUAUGAAUACUGCAUAUAUCUGCACCACCAGCUUGUGUCUGCUGGGGGUCCUCAGAUGAGCCACAACAGUUGCCCCAUCUGGUUUAUAGAGACCUAUAGAGUCUCUGAUACAAUGAAUCAUUUGUGUAAUUUGCUGUUAGACUGCAGCUCCGGGUGCUCGGGCAUUUGUUUUGAAGUUCCUCAACCGAUUAUAAAACAGGUUUGCCAAGAGUCAUCUUCAUUUCAUAUUGAUUAGAUGAUAUUAACAAUUUGAUCAGCUUAUUUGGGCAGCUUCAAACUGCUGAAAGCUCGGAGUAUAAAAUCCAUCUGUUUUGGGAGUCACUGCGCCCGACCUCUGGAUGUACACACAGAAUAUAAUCCACUGUGAAUAUGAAGAAUUGUAUUGAAAAUUCAUGAAGCCUGUCAGUUUCAUCUUGAGAUGUUCGUAACUUCCUUUGUAAUUGAUUAAUGGUUUGUAGAUGAAGAUUACAGCAGGCAAUGUUGCAUCAUAUGUGAAGUGAGUCUGAGGAACGUCAUUUGCUCUUGUUGCAGGGUGAACACUUGGUUGUGGUGGUGCUUUUGGAAGUGCUUUAAAAACAUUACAUGUUUACUAAAACAUUGAAACACUUCUGUGUGGAAAAUAGUUGGCGUCAUUGGUACAGAUUACCUUUGUAUUUUGACAAGGGAUUUUAUGCCUCGUAUGCAUAAGUUUCUGUUCAUCUUAAUCAGUAACCUUUUCAGAGGCACAAGAAGUGAUGCAAAAGGGGAAAACCUGACAUUGUGUGCAUUUGUACCUCCUAUAAAUGUCUGUCUUUAAACAUGAUCAUGAAACAUGAAAAUGAAAUUGUAGCUAUAUCUGUAAAAUGUUAAAACAUUUGCAAUGUUGGCCUUGAAACUAGAUCUGCCCUCCCACAUGGUGGUUGUUUAUUUUGUAUAUGCAUCUAACAGCAGAGGAUAAUGAAUUCUGGUUUGUUAUGCGGUAGUUACACUCAGAUGUAGACAACCACCUCUGUUUGAUUUUUAUCUUUUAUGUUUUGUUAUUUUAUUCACCACUACAUGGAGAAGAUGUCCGGACGUGUCAAAACAAUUUGUGUGUCUGUCAGCAUUCAUCAGCCAGUGAUCAUCUCAGUAUUUCUGUGUGAAUAUGGGGAGUUAUGAGGAGGUCAGUCAAACAAUUAAAGUGCAGCCUGUGCCUUUUAACACUGCCUUAUGUAUUAAGUUAACAUUUAAACCCUGACUCUAACCGUUUCUUUCUUCCAUGCAUAUAUUUUGAUAGAAAGUCACUUUACCCAGUACUGUCACUUUUUUGUCAUUCCAUUUUAUGAUGUAAUUAUUUGGUUUUAUCAGGCAUGUAUUUUUUAAUGAAUAAAAUUUGAAUAAUUA